UAAUCAUUUUACUUUUCUGUGGAGAAGAAGAAUAGAUAUGACCGUUUUUGCCUUUACCUUAUCUAAAUCAUUUCAAAACAAUCUGAGUUUUGUUUCUUGUUACAGUUUUCCCAUCGAUUCUUUCCUUUUUUGGAGUAAUGAAUUUUUGUUUGCUCAAUAUAGAGGGGAUUUCUGGAUUUAGAAUUUGUGGGUACAAGUAAGUGUAAUUUAUACUACAUAUAUAUAUAUAUCAAUUAUUUUUUCUCAUCAUCUCCACAAGAACUGGGUUUUUCCACUUUUGGAGAAACAGACUGAGGGACUGCGUUCUUGUUUGCUCAAAUCUUCCAUAAUAUGGUGUUCCAAACACCCUUUUCUUGGUUUAUGUCACCUGCUUAUUUUUAUCCAUUUUUGGUGAAACAGAUUAAGAGGAUGUAUAGUUAUUUGCUCAUAACUUGCAUAAUAUGGAAAAAAAAAAUUAGGUUUCAGAAUCCUUUUUUCUUCCUUUAUUUUCUGGGUUUGGAAUUAAACUGAUGCGAAAGAAGCAAAAUUGACCCAAUUAGUUUGUAUUUUGAAGAGUGGUUAUUUUUUCUUAUUAGAGUCUUCGAUUGAUCUUUCUCAUUGUAUGAGGAAAAGACGAAUGAAAUCCAUUCUCGUAUCCAUGGGCGGAGCUACCCUUGCCCGAGGGUGUCAAGUGACGACCCUUUGUCUGGUUUAAUGAAUACCCCUUAACGAAUUUCCUGUCUCCUCCGGUGCUAGUAUCCUCUGGAAAAUCUUUUCUUUGCUCUUAGUUAUCUAGGUGAUAAAGUUUGCAGCAUUUACGAUGCUGACUGCCUAAACGAUGACCUUCUCUCGUAUUUUCUUGGAAAAGAAUUCAUCCGUUAGUUUAAGUAUGGAAAAGUCUGUCUUCUUCUUUUGGUGUGAAUUCCAAUGAAACCCUAAGAUGGGGGACCAUAACUUUCCAAACAAGUACCAACUACCCCUCUCUAUACUCUUAAGAAAAUAAUGUGUUUUUAUUUUCCUUUUUUUCUUUUGAUAGAUAUAUAAUCUGAAAGAGAUAAGGGAAAACAUACAAAUUACUAGUAUUUCACAUCUGUAAAAAGGGUGUCAGUAAAUCUGUCACAAUCAAGUCUAUCAUAUGUAAGAUAAAAUUAAACUUAAAUAUUUAUUAGACCUAGUCGGCAAGCAUUUGUUUGUGCCAUUUGUGGGGUUGAUGAACAAUUUAAUUUGGUUUCAUUGAUUAGGUGACGAAACAAUUAGCUGAAAAUGAUGUUGUGGAGUUAACAGAUGGGAGAAACAUUUGUGGUCUUGGACUGGAAGGGCUUGAGCUCUGUUUUUGUAUUUGAAUAGUUAUCCUUGUCUACUUAUAAUUUUCUGACCGUCUUAAUCAGCCUCGUACUAGUUACUGGAAUCAAACAGCUCUGUCAAAGAGGCGAAUCUCAUUUUCUACCUUGUCUUGAAAUAAUUGAAGUUCAUAUAGUAAUUGUAUGUGUAUGAGCUACUUUAGAGUACAAGACAGAGUUAUUACAAUACCCUUUUCUUUCCUUUCAUUUCUCUCUCUUAAAAACAAAUUAAAAGACUUCUUAGUAAAUGGCUUUGGACGAAAAAUGGUUGAGAUGCUUCCGUUUGUUAGAUUAUGGCUAUAUGAGUGGGAACUAGCUGAGGAAUAGUUUCAGACACACUACUGAUUUCAAGUAUAUAUUAUGGGGCUUGGAUGCUUGACUGGUGAUUUGAGGAACAAUACUUUGUGAUAAUUUAGUUCAUUUUGCUUUGAGGUGUUCAAUUAGCCUGGAAAAGAAGUUGUAUUAGGAGAGACAAUAAGAUCCUGCAAGUGUGAAAGAGAAUUAGUGAAAUUACAGUUUAGAGGUAAAGCAGCAAACUUGUGAACCAGCCAAGCUACAUCAUUGGGUGAGCCUUGAUGGAAAGGUUUCCUUUUCUUUUUCCUCUGGUCCUGAAUUGUGUACUUGUUCUUUGCUUCUUGCUUCCCUGUUGUCCGACGAAAUGAUUGUUUUGCCUUUUGUGAAAUUAGGUACUUGUUAAACUAGGAAUACAUAUCAGUUAACUUUGUGUGUAAAUAUUUUGCAGCCAAGUCCUAAUUAUUUUUUUGCAUUCCAUGAGUCUGGAAAUUUGGUAAAGCCAUCUCGUAGCUUCUUUCCCAAGAUGGAGUGGAAUGUAAAGUGGGACUGGGGAAAUCUGGUAAUGUUUGGUUCAAAGGCCUCUGAAAGUCCUAAAGAACUACAAUUAACAGAUUGGGGAGUUGAAGAAGAGGGAGAACUUGAUGGGGGAUCUUUCAAUUUGUCGAGUGGUGGCAGUGGCACUGGUGGUUAUGGUUCUGACUUGAAGUGUGGUUCUUCCAUCAAAAGCUCAAUAUCAGCUUCUACUGACUCUUCACCAAAGGAGGGUUUUAAAGCAUGCAACUUUGCUUUUGAGGCAUUUAAUACCUCUCCUGAGGAUCCUAAUAAGAAAUUGGAAACCUCCAAAGCUGAGGUCUCUAGGAAUUCACCACCCAUGGAGGCUUCAGUAGGCUCUGUUGAACCAGUGAUAGGUCUAAAAAUUGGUAAGCGGACAUGUGAAACCAUUGGUGGUGGAAGCAGUGCUAAGGUUUCAUCGUUCCCCCCGAACCCCACAUCAUCAUCUGCUGCAACAAAGAAAGCAAAAUCAUCUAGUCAGAAUUCACCGAUUCCUCGCUGUCAGGUUGAAGGUUGCAACCUUGAUCUUUCUUCAGCUAAAGAAUAUUAUCGGAAGCAUAGAGUUUGUGACAGUCAUUCCAAAAGCCCAAAGGUUAUUGUAGCAGGUGUAGCACGCCGCUUUUGUCAACAGUGUAGCAGGUUCCAUAGUGUGUCUGAAUUUGAUGAAAAGAAGCGAAGCUGUCGUAGGAGGCUCUCUGAUCACAAUGCACGGCGCCGCAAGCCUCACCAGGAAACUAUCCAGUUCAAUUCAGCAAGGCUUUCUUCAUUGUUUUAUGAUAGCAGGCAACCUAUGGACCUUGUGCUCAACCACGCACAACUCAUUCACUGCAGAGAUGCUGCAAACUCUACCUGGGAGAGCACUCAAGACUCUAAGUUCAGUAUUACAAGAGGGUUUACUCCAAAGCCUGAAAGAACAGGCAGCACAAAUGGGAAGUCACUACUGGAGGGGAUCCAGUUUUCACGGGCUGUGGGUGCACAGAGUAAUGCAUCUAGCUUGCUCUUGCCCUCCAAGGGCACCACAACCGAGGUUUUCAAUCGAGGUGCCAAGGAAUCCAUGUUCAAUAUGGUUACAGGACCGGAAUUUCCUCGUGCUCUCUCUCUUCUGUCAACUAAUUCCUGGGGUUCAUCCGAGCCUGAGACUGUUUCACUCAACCAUGCAAAUCAGACCAGCAUGCCUGAGCAGAUGAUUCAGGCAAUUCCACAGGGUGUGCCGCAUAUGUCCAGUCAAUAUUGGCAGGCUGGACAACAUUCAUCCGAUCCUCGUUACCAUACAUUGGGUGCUAAUAGCCACAGUGGUGGUAGCUUUCAAGAAAUGGGACUGUUCAAAGCUCCAUUCGACACGGACUUUUAUCUCAAUGCAUUGAACUGAAGCCAACAUCUGAUGUCCUUAUGUGUAUUUUCAGGAUUUGGUGAGCUUCCCAUUUUGCCGUUUUGACACAUGGAUCAAGCAGAUGGUCUGUUAGUAGGAUGCUUCAAGAAGUUUGUUUUUCAUCUUAAAUUAGUGCUGGUAUAUAAUAUAUAGGUUGGGUUUUUGAACUCCUAAGAAAGUCUAAUAUUAUGUAUUAUGUAGUAAAUUUUGUUUGCUCAAUUUAGGCAGUGACAUGGAUUCCGAAGAAUUGUAGUUUCUUGAUUCUGCAACUUGGAACAUAACUGCACAGGUCUGACUUAUUAAUGACUCUUUAUCCUUUUUCAUCA